AUGUGUGUUUUUGAUAAAACAACACCUCGAAUUCUGGAGAAUGCUGAAGGAAAACGAACAACACCGUCUUGUGUUUCUUUUACACCAACAGGAAUAUUAGUGGGAGAAGCAGCAAAACGAAUGGAAGCAUUACAUCCAACAACCACUGUUAGUGGAGUUAAGAGAAUGAUAGGGUGUCAAUACAAAAAUGUUGAGCAACAAAGAAAACCUUACAAAAUUGUUGAAGGAAGAAAUGGAGAAGGAUGGAUUUAUAUCAACGGCAAGACAUAUUCUCCAUCGGAAAUAUCAUCAUUUAUUCUUAAGAAAUUAAAAAAAGAUGCAGAAGCUAAACUAGGGAAAAGGGUAGAUGAAGCAGUUAUCACAUGUCCAGCAUAUUUCAAUGAUGCACAACGACAAGCUACUAAAGAUGCAGGAACACUUGCAGGAUUAAAAGUUAAACGAAUUAUUAAUGAACCAACAGCAGCAGCAUUAGCAUAUGGAAUAGACACAAGAAAAGAAAAUGAAGGAAAGAAUAUUGCAGUUUAUGAUCUUGGAGGAGGGACAUUUGAUAUUUCUAUUCUUAAUAUUAAUAAGGGGAUUUUCCAAGUUAAAGCAACGAAUGGAGAUACAAUGCUUGGAGGAGAAGAUUUUGACAAAGCUAUUUAUGAAGCUGUUGCUAUUGGAGCAGCAAUUCAAGCAAGUAUUAUUGAAGGGAAGAAAAAGGAUAUUAUUCUUGUUGAUGUUACACCACUAACAUUAGGAAUUGAAACAUAUGGAGGUGUGAUGACACCAUUAAUCAAUAGAAAUACAACAAUCCCUACAUCAGUUUCAAAGGAAUUUACCACAUCAAUGGAUAAUCAACAAGAAGUAGAUAUUAAAGUGUUUCAAGGAGAACGUAGAGUUACAAGAAAGAAUAAAAAAUUAGGAGAAUUUAAAUUGGUUGGAAUUCCACCAGCAAAGAAAGGAGUAGCAAAAAUUGAAGUUACAUUUGACAUUGAUGUCAAUGGAAUAGUAAAAGUCUCUGCACUUGACAAAGGAACAGGAAAGAAAACAGGGAUUCAAGUCAAAAGUAAUGGUGGAUUGAAUGAAGAAGAAAUCAAUCGACUAGUUAAGGAAGGAGAAGAACAUGCUGCCGAAGACAAGAGAAAAGAGCAAUUACUUCUUCACAGACAACGAUUAAAAGAAAUGAUAGAGAGUGCAGAAGACAUUCAAAAAGAGUUAUUAAAGAAAAAGAUUGAAACACGUGAAUUAGAAAGAGUUAUUAAUCAAUCCAAAAAGGUUAUUACAUCAGAAGAUGAAAAUGAAAUUAAAAGAUUGAUUGAACAAUUAGGAGAAGAAACAUCAAAUUCUUCUGCUAAAUUAUAUAACUAA